UGGAGAGAGAGAGAGUGAGCGAGAGAAGGCUGUGCACGAUUCACUGUCUUCUCUAGGAUUCAGCUCGCUUCCCUCCUCGUCUCAGUGCUCCUCUCUCUUCCCACUCAAGUGUAUCUGAUCCGUCUCUCCCGCACAACUCCUCUGUUUCUCAAGAACUCUGAGGAUGACUCCUUCGGAAACCUCCAGCCAUAGAUGUCUGUUCCCCAGCUCAUGGCUGCCCAGGACGACUCAACACUCUUGGGCUUCCUUCAUUUGGACCUGCCCUCUCUAAAGUGGAGCCACAGCAGAACAGCAGCUCAAGCCUGUCUCCUUUAGGAAAGAACACGUUCAUUCAGACCCCGUCUUUCAGCCUACAAGCACACAGAGAACAAGACCUUCAGAGCCGAAGCUUAUAGAUUGCUAGAGGAGAAUAACCAGUCAUAUAUAAAGAUGGAGCAGGAGAUUUCAAAAGUGCAGCGUAAGAUGUCAGACCUGGAGUCAGUUUUGCAGCAGAAAGAUGUGGAGCUCAAGGCUUCUGAAACACAAAGGACCAUCUUAGAACAAGACCUGGCCACCUAUAUCACCGAAUGCAGCAGUUUGAAGCGCAGUUUGGAGCAGGCCCGCAUGGAGGUGUCUCAGGAGGAUGAUAAAGCUCUGCAGCUCCUACACGACAUACGAGAGCAGAGCAACAAACUGCAGGAAAUUAAAGAACAGGAGUACCACGCUCAGCUGGAGGAAAUGCGUGUGUCUAUUCGUCAGCUGGAGGAGAACCUGUCCGCCGCUCGCCGCCGCAGUGACCUGUACGAAUCCGAGCUGAAAGAGUCUCGCCUGACCAGCGAGGAGCUCAAGAGAAAGGCUGUGGAAUACCAGCAGAAGAUUCAGAAGGCUAAAGAACAAGGCAAAGCUGAGAUGGAAGAACUUCUGACUAAACUGCAGAAGACCAAUGCAGAGCAACAAGUAAAGAUGGAAGAACUCCAGGAGAAGCUUGCCAAGGCCGUGAAGGCGAGUACAGAAGCCACUGAACUCCUGCAGAACGUCCGUCAGGCUAAAGAACGUCUGGAGCGAGACCUGGAGCGUCUGCAGACCAGAGAGGACUCGACCGACAGCCUGCGCAGACGCCUGCGAGAGACUGAGGAUGGCAAGAAAACCCUGGAGAACCAAGUCAAGAGGCUGGAGAUGGUGGAAAGGAGAGAAACUAAACUCAAAGAAGACAUUCAGACCAAGUCACAGCAGAUCCAACAGAUGGCCGACAAAAUCAUGGAACUCGAAGAGAACUUGCGUGAAACGCAGGCAACAGCGCAGCGGAUGGAAACACACCUGGAACAGAAGAAAAAGCUUUAUGAAGACAAGAUCAAAGUUUUAGAGACUCAAAUGAAGGCAGAUUUGGCUGAAAAGGAACUGCUGGAGUCCAAGCAGAGCACGUUUGAGGAGGAAUCUCGCGAGCGGGGAAAAGUGAUCAGCGAUCAGACAGCGACGAUCAAUGCCAUGGAGUCAAAGAUGAGCAGUCUGGAGCAGAGGAUCGCUGAGCUGUCCGAGGCUAACAAACUGGCAGCCAACAGCAGCAUUUACACGCAGAAAAACAUGAAAGCCCAAGAGGAGAUGAUAUCUGAGCUCAGGCAGCAGAAGUUUUAUCUGGAAUCUCAGGCUGGAAAACUGGAGGCCCAGAAUGCAAAGCUGGAGGAACAUCUGGAGAAACUGACACAACAAGAGCAGACUAACAAGAGCAGAGUGCUGGAACUGGAGGCCAGACUGAGAGAGAUGGGUCUGGAGCACGAGGAGCAGAAGCUGGAGAUCAAGAGACAGGUGUCGGAGCUCACGCUGUCCCUGCAGGAGAGAGAAGCUCAGAUCAGCAGCUUGCAGGCGGCCCGGCGCGCUCUGGAGAACCAGCUACAACAGGCCAAGACCGAGCUGGAGGAGACCACCGCGGAGGCCGAGGAGGAGAUCACCGUCCUCCGGGCCCAUCGGGAUGAAAUCCAACGCAAGUUUGAUGCCCUACGAGACAGCUGUGCGGUGAUCACGGAUCUGGAGGAACAGCUGACGCAGCUGACGCAGGAAAACUCUGAGCUGAACCGACAGAACUUCUACCUGUCCAAACAACUGGACGAGGCCACGGACGAGAACGAGGACAGACUGCAGCUCAAGGAGGACGUGGAGCGCCUGCGCCGGGAGGUGGCCGACCGAGAGAUGCACCUCAACAACCAGAAACAGAACAUCGAGACGCUGAAGACCACAUGUACGAUGCUGGAGGAGCAGGUGCUGGAGCUGGAGACGCUGAACGAUGAGCUGCUGGAGAAGGACAGACAGUGUGAGAACUGGAGAUCUGCUCUGGAGGAGGAGAAGAACCAGGCGGAGCGCCGAGCCAGAGACACGCAGAGACAACUGGACAACGAGAAGCAGAACAGACUCCGUGCAGAGCAGCGCAAUUCUGAGUCUCGUCAGAGCGUUGAACUGGCGGUCAAAGAGCACAAAGCUGAAAUCCUGGUACUGCAACAGGCCCUGAAAGACCAGAAACUCAAAGCUGAAGGUCUUUCUGAUACUCUGAGCGAUCUGGAGAAGAAACACGCCAUGCUGGAGAUGAAUGCGCGCAGCCUGCAGCAGAAGCUGGAGACGGAGCGAGAGCUCAAACAGAGGCUCAUGGAUGAGCAAGCCAAACUGCAGCAGCAGCUGGACAUGCAGAAGAGCCACAUCUUCAGACUGACUCAAGGACUUCAGGACGCGCUGGACCAGACGGACCUUCUGAAGACCGAGCGGACGGACCUGGAGUACCAGCUGGAAAACAUACAGGCGGCGUACUCUCACGAGAAGGUCCAGAUGGAGGGGACCAUCACCCAGCAGACCAAGCUCAUAGACUUCCUGCAGGCCAAGGUAGAGCACCCCUCUAAGAAGAAAAAGGGGCUGUUCGGCGGCCGGCGGCGAGAGGAUCUGCUGGCGGCGCUGGCGGCGCAGGGACAGACGCAGGUGCCCGCUGUGCCCGCCGUGACCCCUGUCCCCCUGCAGUACAGUGACCUGAAGGUGGCGCUGGAGAAGGAACGUGCUCGCUGCUCGGAGCUGGAGGAAGCCCUGCAGAAAACACGGCUGGAGCUCAGAGAGGUUCAGUUUAAUAAAGCCCUGGAGCACAGCGGUACUCCAGCCACUCCAGGUUUGGCUCGUCAGCAGCUCAUGAUGUCCACCAAAUCCAACAAAUCCCCCGAGCACCAGCCCAGCAGCGGCCUGAUGUCGUCCAGCUCCGGCCGCAGGAAGGACGCUGCCAAUCCCGAAGAAAUAAGGAGAGUCACGUCUGAAAAGUACACCAGACGUGUGAAGGACAGGAUUCAUCACAACACUCCUCACCGCUUCACGCAGGGACUCAACAUGAGAGCGGCCCGCUGCACCGUCUGUCUGGACACUGUCCAUUUCGGACGGCAAGCCGCGACGUGCAUCGAAUGUCACGCUUUGUGCCAUCCGAAAUGCUCCCCGUACCUUCCAGCCACCUGCGGCGUUCCCACCGAAUACGCACUGCAUCUGUCCGAGGCUCUGUGUCGGGAAAAGGGAAGCACGUCCGGCCUGAAAGAUGUCGGAGGACACAUGAGGCUGGAGGGAUGGCUGAAGCAGCCCAGAAAUGGGAAGCGUGGCCAGGGCUGGGAGAGGAAGUACGUGGUGCUGGAUGGAUAUAAAGUCAUCACGUAUGAGACAGAGCCAAGAGACGAGUCGGUGAAGCCGCUGGAUGAGUUUGAGUUGUGUCUCUCUGAUGGAGACGUGACUGUUCAUUCUGCAGUCGGUGCUUCUGAGCUGCCCAACACGACCAAGACAGAUGUGCCGUAUGUGGUGAAGUUGGAGUCGUCUCCGCAGUCGACAUGCUGGCCCGGUCAGACUCUGUACCUCAUGACCUCAGGGUUUUCUGAGAAACAGCGCUGGGUGGCAGUGCUGGAAGCCAUUGUGGCCAGCAGUCGUGGGGCGAGAGAGAAAGCCGAAGCAGACGCUAAAUUGUUGGGUAACUCCUUACUCAAACUAGAAGGAGAUGAUCGGCUGGAUAUCAACUGCACCCUCCCACUGACUGAUCAGAUUGUAUUGGUGGGCUCUGAGGAAGGUCUCUAUGCCCUGAAUGUGAUUAAGAACUCCCUCACUCACAUCCCGGGUCUGGGAUCCGUGUUUCAGAUCUACAUCAUCAAGGAUCACGAAAAGCUGCUGAUGAUCGUGGGGGAUGAACGGGCACUGUGUCUGGUGGAGAUUAAGAAAGUGAAACAGUCUCUGUCCCAGUCUCACCUCCCCACGCUACCUGAGAUUGUGCCGUAUAUUUUUGAGACCGUCAAGGGCUGUCAUCUGUUCGCCGCAGGCAGGAUAGAAAAUGGUCCAUGCAUUUGUGCUGCAAUGCCCAACAAAGUCACAAUUCUACGUUACAACGACAAUCUGAACAAAUUCUGUAUACGGAAGGAGAUUGAAACGCUUGAGCCGUGCAGCUGUAUCCACUUCACCAGCUACAGCAUCAUCAUUGGUACCAAUAAAUUCUACGAGAUUGAGAUGAAGCAGUGUGUUCUGGACGAGUUCCUGGACAAGAAUGACGUGUCGCUGGCAUCGGCUGUGUUCACUGGAUCCUCCCACAGUUUCCCCAUCUCCAUCGUCCAGGUGUCCAGCACUCCACAGAAGGAAGAAUAUCUGCUCUGCUUCCACGAGAUCGGUGUGUUUGUGGACGCUUACGGCCGAAGAAGUCGUCCUGAUGAUUUCAAAUGGAGUCGUCUUCCUCUGACAUUCGCAUUCAGAGAGCCGUACCUGUUUGUGACCUACUUCAACUCUCUGGAUGUUAUUGAGAUUCAGGGCCAUGCAGCUCUUGGGCCUCCGAGUCUCGUUCACCUGGACAUUCCUAACCCGCGUUAUCUGGGUCCGGCCAUAUCGUCUGGUGCCAUCUAUCUGGCCUCAUCCUAUCAGAACAAGCUGCGGGUCAUCUGCUGUAAGGGCAGCCUGGUGCGGGAGUCUGGGGAACUGCAGAGGACCGGUUCCAGCAGGAGCAGCCCAAACAAGCGCGGGCCGCCCACCUACAACGAGCACAUCUCCAAGCGCCUGGCCUCGGGCCCCGGGGCCCAGGAGGGGCCUCUGCACCGCGAGCCCAGCACCCCUCACCGAUACCGCGAGGGCCGCACGGAGUUCAGGAGGGACAAAUCUCCGGCCCGGCCUCUGGAGCGCGAGAAGUCGCCCGGUCGGGCUGUGCUAGACAGCCGCAGGGAGAGAUCGCCCGGGCGCUUCGAGAGCAGCGGCAGCGAGAGAGACCGGGAGCGUUCACGCCAUCACACUAGCUCUGUUCGCACCCAGCUGACCCCCGUCAACAAGGUUUGGGACCAGUCUUCAGUCUGAGAGCGUCCCGGAGGGAUGACGUAAGAGCCAUCGUCCACCUCCCGCGUGGAUGGACAUGUCCUUUUAACAGGCGCUUCGUAAAACUCGGAACUAUAUCAUCUCAUCCCUGUAACCGUGAACAAAGCCAUGUUAUUCACUCGCAGCCCCAGAGUCUGGGACAUUGUGCUGAUGUUGUAAACCCUGUCCAUGCUCCAAGCGUUCAUGAAGAAAAACCACUGCAGUUUUUAAGGGGAAAGACUUUGAUGGAAUAUUCCUGGUUCAGGACUAUAAGCUCUGGCAACAGCAUAAAUAUUAAUGAUAAAUUAUUUUGACUUGUCCCCCACUUUUUUUUUUUUUUUUUUGCACUUUUCUAUUUUCUAUAUCUAUUAGCAUCAGUAGAUUUAAAUCAUAAUACACUAUCCAUUUUCUCAAAAUGAGUUUUUUUCCACUUUUCAUUCCAAUCUAUUUCCUGGAAGGUUUUUAGAGGGGUUUGUUCAUAUAUAAUUCGGCCUAUUUAUAACAUUUUAUUUCUAAAACCUGAUUGAUAAAACUUGAGUGAUAAAAAGGAAAAUCCAAAAUCCUGUCUGUGAAAACAUCAAUUAAAUUUCAACAAAAUCAAACAAAAAAAUUGACCCUGCCAAUUCUCUGAUGUUCAGAUUUCUGUUUUGCAAAUGAAUGCAUAUUUAUUUAAUACCUAAUUCACAACAUUUUAGAAAACCUGUAUUCCAAAAGAGUUUUCACAGUUUACUGAUUCAUAGAUCGGUAAAUGUAUGUUGAUACCUGUUAAAAGUUUUACCCUAUUUACCUUUGGUUUCUUGGAUAGAUUCACCAAAAAAUUACCCUGGUUAACAAAACAGUUGAUGGUAGCCAAAUAAAUAAAUUAUUUGGAAGUCGAUGGCUAAUGUUGGCUGUAUAUAUAUAUAAUGUUUUUAAUUUUAAAGUGGCUUAAUCACCCAUUUAGUGGUAGGACUGCUGUAGAUUGUGUUGUUUUCUUCAUGUAAACAGGCUUAUUGUGAAUAUCCCUGUGUGAAAAUGAUCAAUCUACUGACCUUAAUGUACACUGAUGAGGCAUAAAAUGUGCAUUUAUCAACUCUCUUACUUCAAGUUAACCCCCAUUUUUGGUUUAGUUGAAAAUAAGGCCUGUGGUAACGGACAGCAGACCACAAACGCUGUCCAUUUAUACUGAACCCGGAAUAUUCCUUUAACUAAAUGAGCACAUUGUAAAUAUGCUGAUUUCAAUUUUUAUAGCUAAACGGAACUUGACUGAUGAAGCUAUUAAGUCUAUUUUUUAUGCUGUUAAACUGUUUGUAUAGACAGUUGAAAUGGGUUUCCUACAGAAGAGCACAGAAAAGGUUUUAUUCCAUGUAUGUUGUAUGCUAAUGUGGUAAAGUGGUCAAUUCGGCUGCUCCUAAUGUCCACUUUUUUAAGCUCUUCUUGACUGACAUUAUCCAACCUACUGCACACUGUAUAUUUUUAUGCUAACAGUGUCUGAGCUUGUAAAUCUUUUUAAAAAGACACGUCAUGUUCUCGCUACAAGUGUCCUUGUGCUGUUCAAGUGAACUUCUGGUAUUUUCGUCGACACACAGCAGCGAGUCUGGAAAUGUCCGUUGCUUCUCUGUUAACGGACGUCCUGUUCAGCUGUGAGUGAAACGGUGUCCGGUGGCCCUCAGGGUUUGUAGACGCUCUUCUCUCAUUCCUCGUGGAAUAUGAAGCAGCUCAGUUAGAGGCUUUUUGAAUUCAUGGGUAAUUGUGAGCAAACGCAUGACUAAAUUCUGACUUGGUUUAUGGGACGUCCCGUCAUGUACUUCUACAUUGAUAUUGAUAAUCGAUGUUUUUCAACUAAUAAGGCUGCUUACAUUUAAACUUUCUUUUUGUAUAAAGAAAUGAAACUAUAUUAAACAUUAUUAAAGUAUGAGCCAUACACAGUU